AUGGCAUAUGUAUCAUCCGUUCAUGACAGUACUGGGUAUAGCCCAAGCAUGAUGAUGCUGGGACGGGAGAUAGAACUUCCGGUUGACAUAUUAUACGGAAAGACUCCAGAGGAGAAUGAAACCAUUGCAUUUCCGCAAUAUGUAGAGAACCUACAACAGAGGUUAUGGGAUGUACACAACAAUGCCAGGGAACAGAUGAUUGCUGCCAGUGAUAAACAAAAGCGGAAAUAUGAUCACAGAGCAAAUCAAUUUCACUAUGAUAUCGGACAAGCUGUUUGGGUUAGAUGGAAACUUAAGAGGAGGGGGAUAUCACCAAAGCUUGACGUUCGGUGGGAAGGGCCAUAUUUAGUUGUGAGUCAAGUAUCAGACCUGAUCUACAAGGUGCAGAAGAACCCAACUUCAAGGAUUAGAACCCUUCACCAUGAUUUACUGAAGCCGUACCAAGGCGAGCAUUAUAACUGGUUUAGACAACCAGGGGAAAAUGUGCAAUCUCUAGACGAGGAUAUUGUUGACGUGGCAGAUGAGAGUCUCGAAACCCUAACUGUAAAAGAGGUACCGCGAAUAAGCGGACGAAGGAAACGACAACCUCAUUGGAUGAAUGACUAUACAACAUAG